ACUUAGAUUUAUUGACAAUAUACAUGUAUUUUCACAGUUGAGAGACAUUUAAAUUUAAAAAUAAUUAUUGUAUAAGUAAAACGUGGUCAGGUCACGUUUUAGGGACAGCUAAUGAGUUACUUUUCUAAAAUGAAGAUGUGGAGAUUUGUGAUUGUGUGUUUAAUGGCAUAUAUACAAAACGCAUUAUCAAAUGACUGCUCCCCUGCUAAUGUACAGAACAAUCUCCUAUCGUGUUUGAAUGGAAUAUGGAACAAGGCUAACGACAAGAGUGCAUUCUGGUAUGGAAGUAAUUGGGCGAGUAUUUGUGGAUAUAAUCCAUUUGCAGCACCCUACUGUACUGUCAUACAACAGCCUUAUACACCACAUAGUCUACUUAAUAGGGUUUAUGGAUUGGACUGGAAUUUGACCGUGAAUCCACUGAAACAGUACCUAGAUGUUACGUAUCAAACACCUACAGGUACUUACCCAAGUUGUGGAAAUACAUACACGGUGACCGAAUCAAAGACAUAUGAACUACAACCUUUACUGUCCAAAAAUACUCGCCCAUGGGAUGUACGGAAUAUUCCAACAAUAUCUUGGACGGCUUUACCUAAUAAGUUGUAUACAUUGUACAUUUUCGACACUGGAUCCUUCAUUGCACAUGGACUUUAUAUCAAUAUAAAUCAGAAUGACAUACAGAAUGCAGAGGCUAUCGUACACUACCAUGGACCUAAAAAUCCCACUGUACGAGAAAAUGCCUACGUGUUCAUGUUAUUCGAACAGAAAAAUAAAAUUGUUUUAACCAACGAAUGGAAUCAAAAACUGAGGCAGACUAUGGUAUCAACGGCCUAUAACACUACAGACGCAUUUGAGGAGCUUGAUCUAAUAGGACCAGUAGCGAUGAAUUGGCUAACAGCUGUAAAAGAUCCAUAUUCUGUUCAGUAUUUUGUCAACACUGGUCUUAUUAACAACUGUCCUAACAUGGUAACUGAAGCUUUGAAAAAGAAGAAAGUAAGUUUUAUACCAGAUGCUGUUGAUUUGUCCAUAUCUUUAGACAUCAGUCUUCACACGACAGCUUUACAUUUUGAUUCAUGUUGCACAAGUUAUAGAUAUCAAGAACAUACAGCUAAACUGAAUCCAAUUGGAGAUGGCUAUAUCAGUCCUGCUCACGCGAGAAGUGAGGCAACAUUAACUAUGACUCUUCUGAGAGAGGGUUUACUUUUCAUGCCUUCAGGAAACACAGAUGUACGUUAUACUUUACUCUGUGUCGACAUAUCUGUUCCAUACCCAGCAGCCGGAACUCCUGAUUUACCUCUUAUGCACAUGUUCGUUACUAAUAUCAACGGAAGUGAUAUUGCAUCUGGAGACAUAAUCCGAUCGUACCUAGGUCCAGCACCACCUGAUUCUGUUAACCACACCUACAUCUUUUUGUUGUAUACACAGACUUCAAUGCUAAACAAAGUUGACACUCAAUCCUAUCUAACACAAGGGUGUUCUGCUGGAAUAGAUGGUCGAUGUUUAUUCAACGUAACACGCUUUGUUGAUGGUUCCAAUCUGAAGCUUGUUGGUUCCACGUGGUUUCAAGCAACAACUGAUGAAUACAUCCGGUAUACGUAUGUUAACAGAGGAGACGAUGCGGACAGUGUAUGCAACAAUAUAAAUGGUUACGCUAAUCCAUGUCCAGUUACAGCAUCAAAUGACUGCUCCCCUGCUAAUAUAAAGAACGGUCUUCAGUAUUGUUUGAAUGGUAUUUGGAACAAGGCUAACGACAAUAGUGCAUUCUGGUUUGGAAGUAAUUGGGCGAGUAUUUGUGGACCUAAUCCAUUUGCCGCACCUUACUGCACAGUCAUACAACAGCCUUACACACCACACAGUCUACUUAACACAAUGUAUGGAUUGAACUGGAAUUUGACCGUGAAUCCACUUAAACAAUACCUACAUAUAACGUAUCAAUCACCCACAGGGUCAUAUCCAAGCUGUGGAAAUACAUACACGGUGACUGAAUCAAAGACGUUUAACCUUGAGCCGUUACUGUCGGAAAACACUCGGCCAUGGGAUGUACAGAACUUUCCAACAAUAACAUGGACGGCUUUACCAAAUAAAUUGUAUACAUUGUUCAUUUUUGACGCUGGCGCCUACAUAAAUCAUGGUGUUUUUAUCAAUAUAAAUCAAAAUGAUAUACAGAAUUCGGAGGUUAUCAAACCUUACAGUAACCCUAAAAAUCCAUCAGUAAGAGAACAACCCUACGUGUUCUUGUUAUUCGAACAAACAGAUCGAAUUAUUUUAACCGACGAGUGGUAUCAAAAGCUUAACCAGACGAUGGUAAAAGAGGCCUUUAACUAUACAGAAGUAUUUCAGGAGCUUAAUCUGACAGGACCAAUAGCGAUGAAUUGGCUAACAGCUGUUAAAGAUCCCUUUGUUGUACAGUACUGGGUUAAUGUUAAUUUAAUUAACAACUGUCCAAAUAUGGUGACUGAAGCUUUGAAAAAGAAGAAUAUAAGUUUUAUACCAAAUGAUGUUGACUUAUCCAUGUCAUUAUACAUCAAUCUUCACACGACAGCCUUGAAUUUUGAAUCAUGUUGCACAAGUUAUAGAUAUCAGGAGCAUACAGCAAAACUAAAUCCCAUUGGAGAUGGCUAUAUCAGUCCAGCGCAAGCGAGAAGUGAAGCAACAUUAACUAUGACACUUCAGAGAGAGGGCAUACUCUACAUACCAUCAUUUAAAACGGAUAUACAUACUUUACUAUGUGUCGACAUAUCUGUUCCAUACCCAGCAGCUGGAACUCCUGAUUUACCUCUUCUUCACAUGCUCGUUACUAAUAUCAACGGAAGUGAUAUUGCAUCUGGUGACAUAAUCCGAUCGUACCGAGGACCUGCACCUCCUGAUAAUGUAAACCACACGUACAUCUUUUUGUUAUAUACACAGACUUCAAUGCUAAAUGAAAAUGAAACUACGUCCUUUUUAACACAAGGGUGUUCGUCUGGUAUAGAUGGUCGAUGUUUAUUCAAUGUAACACGUUUUGUUGAUGGUUCCAAUCUAAAGCUAGUUGGUUCUACGUGGUUUCAAGCAACAAAUGAUGAAUACAUCCAGUAUAUGUAUGUUAACAGAGGAGAUGACUCGGACAGUGUAUGUAAUAACAUCAAGGGUUACGGGAAUCCUUGUCCCGUCGGAUCAACAGUUAUUGUCAAGUCUAGUAUGUUAUCUGUUUUUGUAUUGUGCAUACUGGCUUUCAUAUCAUUCACUAAAUGAAUUUACAAUUGAGGAGCACCAACCGUUAUAAUCUGGAAAUAUGAAAAUGAAAUACGUAACCGAAAUAAUUUUAUUAUAUUAUGUGUGCAAACAAACACAUGUCUCUCGUGUCCAAUUUCUUUGAAUAAUGAGAUGAUAUUGAAUUAACAAAUCACUAUACACUACUUACCAUUUCAUGAUAUUUGUUUACAAGCAAUGUGACUAACCAUGCCUGUCACAUUAUUUCUACCGGCGUUGUACAUUUCGAAUCUAUCAUCAAAACAAGUGCCAAAACAAAUCCGUUUUGUUUCUCUCUCUCGUUUGAUCAUUUUAGUGUCAUCAGUUGUGUAUUAUUAUGUAAAUGUGCUCGUAAAAGAAAUACUUUGUAAAAUGCCUCUAAUACAGAAUAUAAAUGUAUGAUAUUGUUGUUAAUUAAAUUCCCUCGUUUAAUUGGCAAUUAACAACACAGGCAUUAUUCUUAGCGUUAUCAUUGUAGCGCUAUAGAUCAUUGUUCACAAAUAAUAGUGCAAUAAAAUAGUUGAAGUUGGUGAAAAAACACUUUUUUUUUAUAAAGUGUAUAUCUUGCAACGUAAUAAUUUAUCUACGCCUUAUAUAAUUUCUGAGAUAUCUUUAACACUAUUGUCUUUAUGUGUGCUAUGAGUCGACGUUCUUAUUAUAUGUACGAUUUAAGUGUUUGAUAUGUCAUUCAUCAGUUCAUAAUUUCAUUUAUUUCAUUCCAUCUACUUUCUAAUUCAUCAUAUGACGUAAGACUGAGACUGACAAACGCCUAAAUGCACGUCACUGCACAAUUGAAGACACACAACUACACACAUGUAUGCUUCAGCUAAAACUUUGCACGCGUUUAAUGUAUAUAUAUAUAUAUAUGGUUUUAAUAUUACAUUGACUGCUUUUUUGCGUUUCUUAGUGGGCGCUUAAACACUUACAAAAUAAUUGCGAUAUGUAUUUACUGUUUAAACAAAUAUAAUAUACAGUUCCCGGAUAGAAUUUCAUUUUGUAAAAAUUAUGUCAAAAUAUAUGAUUGUUUCAUUUUCAAAUUCAUUAUCAAGAGUCGAGACGGCUUUUGCCCUCUUUUUAUAUGGUUUUCAAAUGCAAAAAAACUUAACUGCACCUAUGAAUUGUUUUAUUUGCAUAAUGUAUUUACGGUGUUUUUGUAGUGCUUUGAAGAACUUAUAGAUCUAUCAGUUCUUGGUCUAUAUUUAGCUUGACUUGUUAUAAAUAGAUUAUGAAAUCAUGUAUUUGUUUUCAAAAUUUGUUUGAAGAUUUUGUUUAUUUUGAAAUAAAAAUGUAUUUUAAAUAGUUUAAUAAAAGUGGCACUUAGUCUCUGUUUGACACAUAGCUGAUGGGGUGAUAGAGCAAGCAGAUUGUGACCCCUUUAAUUUGUUUUUUAAUAUAUUAUUCUGCAUUUUCUUUUUAAUUUCAAAUUCAAUGUAAUAAACUAUAACGUCUUAAACAUAAUAUCCAUAUCAUUCGGGUUUUAUUCACAGAACGUACUAUAUAUUUCAUUUUUGUUUAUACAUAAUGGUGAUAUAUUUAUUACUUACAGACUGUCAAUGUCACAAGUUAACUUAAUAAAGAAUUUCAAAUAG